AUGAGAUCACACCUCAAGGCGCUUGGGACGGCUUUGGACUGGCCAGAAGCCAAGAAGAGAGCGGAUCAGGUUCGCAAAUGGGGAAUUGAGCAAUUACUUGCCAAUUGGCAUAGAGCCAAGGGAAAGGAACGGAAUGCCCUUCUCUGGGGUGACGAGGUCGAGUAUCUCGUCGUAGCAGUCGAUGAUGAGAGCAAAAAGGCCCGCUUGUCUCUCGCUCAGGCCGAUAUCCUCAAGUCGCUCGCUGAGGACGAAGCAUCAUGGAAAGAGGGAACUUCCCCUCUGUCUCAGAAUAAGGAACAUGAGGGCGAGGAGCCACCUCAUUUCCACCCUGAAUUUGGCCGAUUCAUGCUGGAAGCCACUCCCGGUAAGCCCUGGGGCAUCGACUUCAAGGAUCUACUGAAAGUAGAGUCCAACAUGAAGUGGCGGCGUGAGGUUGCAAAGGCUCACAUGGCACCAAAUGAGAGUCCUAUCACCCUCACCACAUUCCCUCGUCUGGGGACAAAAGACGACUAUAUUCAGCCUUAUUAUCCCCCAUCGGGUCCCGCAUUGCGAUCUCAGUUUGUUCCCGACGAAAUCGCUAACCCCCACAUCCGAUUUCCAACCUUGGCGGCCAACAUAAGAUCAAGGAGAGGCCGGAAAAUCGAGCUGAAUGUGCCAGUUUAUAAGGACAAAAAUACGCCUGAACCCUUUUUGGAUCCAACAGUGGACUAUGACCUCCACAACUGGCCCGAGGAUGAUGAUGUCCGAAAUGGCGCGGCUAAGGAGGGUCAUGUUUACAUGGAUGCCAUGGCUUUCGGCAUGGGGAGUUGCUGUCUCCAGAUAACUUUUCAAGCGAAGAACAUGACGGAAGGGAGAAAGUUGUACGAUCAACUUAGUCCGCUGGGGCCUAUCCUUUUGGCUCUCACUGCCGCCACUCCGAUAUACAAGGGUUUCCUCGUCGAUACAGAUGUCCGUUGGAAUCAGAUCAGUGGAGCUGUUGAUGACCGGACACGGGAGGAGCUUGGUGAACUUCCCCUGAAGAAUGAUAGAUGGAGGAUCCCCAAAUCCCGAUAUGCUUCGAACUCGACUUAUAUCUCACAAGAUCCUAGAUUACGAAAAGAAUAUCUGGAUCCCGAUCUUAUCGUUGAUCAAGACAUCAAGAAGCGAUUGAUGGAUGACGGCAUGGAUGAUCUUUUGGCGACACAUUUCGCGCACCUAUUUAUUCGUGAUCCACUGGUUAUAUUCUCGGAAGACCUCGAGGAGCUGGAUUUGAACAAAGCAGAUCACUUUGAGAACCUGCAGUCGACCAAUUGGCAGCAUAUGCGUUUCAAGCCGCCACCGCCUGACAAGGAUGACAUCGGCUGGCGAGUUGAAUUCCGAUCCAUGGAAAUCCAGAUGACCGACUUUGAGAACGCCGCCUUUAGCAUCUUCAUCGUGCUUGUCACCCGUGCGAUCUUGAGUUUCGAUCUCAAUUUCUACAUCCCGAUCCAGCGUACGACAGAGAACAUGGAAACUGCGCACCUUCGAAAUGCAGUGUUGGAACAAAAGUUCUACUUCCGCAAAGACCCAUUCUCUCGUCGCAGACCGAACCAGCAAUCGCCAGGUGGCAGCAAUGUCUCCUCUACGACAUCCUCUGCUCAUAACACGCCACCUCCAUCGCCACCACUACACCCGGUGGAGUCUGAGUAUGAUCUAAUGACAAUUUCCGAUAUUAUCAACGGUUCCCCUGAUGGAUCAUUCCCUGGAUUGAUCCCGCUCGUCGAAUCUUAUUUGAACAGUGUCAACGUGGAUGUUGAGACGCGGUGUUCUCUAGCCAGCUACCUUGACUUAAUACGUAAGCGUGCGAACGGUACCCUUUGGACUGGAGCCAAAUGGAUCCGCGAGUUUGUUGCGUCGCAUCCUGGGUAUAAGCAUGACAGUGCCGUAUCCGAGGAGAUUUGCUACGACUUGGUGAAGGCUGUGGAUGAGAUGACUGUCAAAGAAGGCAAACACGGUACAGUUGGGUGGGAGCUCCUCAGAGGCAAGAAGAAUUAGAUGGCCGAAGACGAAACUUGUUGCAUAUAGAUGUAGAUAGCGUGCUCCUCAUAUUCUUCUACAGUGAAGUGAACAUAAUUAGAACUUCCUUGUCAGCUGAUUGAAAUGGUAAGUCCUGGAGGACAUCCAAGCAUAGUUAUUAGACAAUAAUUUCAAAAUUUAUCUUCGUGGUGCUUC